AUGGAUGAUUUGCCAUUUUCGUGGUACAACCCACAUGACCAUGAUAAUCAUGAAGAACAAAGCUUCAAUUUUGAUUCAGAAAGUUUGUUCUUAAAUCAAAUCCAUGAUCAGUUAGCACCUACGGAUUGGGGUGAUGAAGCCAUGGCAGCUGAUUUGGCGUCCAGUAAUAGCUUGAAAGAGAUCAAGAAUGAGAUUUCCAUCUCAACAACUGCCAAUCCUACUACCACGGCGAUAGCUACAGCCACGUCUAUAGAAUGCUUACUUUCCGGCACGAAUGGCAGUACAGACGCAUCAGAUGAGAUUUUCUCAGAUGGCAAGAGUUUAUGGCGUGACAACAUUGUCACUGGAAAUAAUAACGUGAGUGGCGUGUCGUCCGGUGAUUCCGUCACGGACGAUGGUGCUAUUUCUCAAUGCACAUCCGGAAAACUGCCGAUCUGUGGCGUGGAUGUACCAAAACCUAAAAGAUCCAGAUCGAAUGUGGGUCGACCCACAUCGUCGAAUAUCAACUUCCAGCAACCGGGAAAUUCAUCGGAAACUGAUAUGGAGGCGAUUGCGCAGAUGAAGGAGAUGAUAUACAGAGAAGCAGCGUUCAGGCCGGUGAGUUUCACGGCGGAGACGGUGGUGGAUAAACCAAAAAGAAAGAAUGUGAGGAUAUCAAGUGACCCACAGACGGUGGCGGCAAGGCAGCGACGGGAAAGGGUGAGUGAAAGAAUUAGGGCAUUGCAAAAACUGGUUCCUGGUGGAAACAAAAUGGACACAGCGUCCAUGCUUGAUGAAGCAGCAAAUUAUCUCAAGUUCUUGAGGUCACAAGUGAAAGCAUUGGAACAGGUAGGGCAGAAUAGUACAACAAUCACUGCAAAUAGUAUAAGUCCAAUCAUUACUCACCCUUCAAUGGGUAUACCUUCCCCUUAUCAAAACGCAUUUUCCAUGCAACUCCGUUUUCCAUUUCCUCAUGAAAACUUGUACCUUAGUCCACCUCCAGAAUGA